GCAGCCCAACCGGCGCCAGAGCACAGGGCCGGUCUUCCUGAGCCUCUUCCGCUUGCCGGCUGCGGCGCCUGGGACGGUUGCGGUGGGUCUGGGCGCUGGGAAGUCGUCCAAGAUGAUUAAAAAAUUCGACAAGAAGGACGAGGAGUCUGGUAGUGGCUCCAAUCCUUUCCGGCAUCUGGAGAAGAGUGCUGUCUUACAGGAGGCUCGUAUAUUCAAUGAAACACCCAUCAAUCCAAGAAGAUGUUUGCAUAUUCUUACAAAGAUUCUGUACUUAUUGAACCAGGGGGAACAUUUUGGAACUACGGAAGCCACAGAAGCCUUCUUUGCAAUGACUCGAUUGUUUCAAUCUAAUGAUCAAACAUUGAGACGAAUGUGCUACCUUACCAUCAAAGAAAUGGCCAACAUCUCUGAGGAUGUGAUAAUUGUUACAAGCAGUUUGACUAAGGACAUGACUGGAAAGGAAGAUGUGUACCGAGGCCCCGCCAUCAGGGCUCUCUGCAGAAUCACUGAUGGAACGAUGUUGCAGGCCAUUGAAAGAUACAUGAAGCAGGCCAUUGUGGAUAAAGUCUCCAGUGUGUCCAGUUCAGCACUGGUAUCUUCCUUACACAUGAUGAAGAUAAGCUAUGAUGUGGUUAAGCGCUGGGUCAAUGAAGCCCAAGAAGCUGCUUCAAGUGAUAAUAUUAUGGUCCAGUACCAUGCAUUGGGAGUUUUGUAUCACCUUAAAAAGAAUGAUCGCCUUGCUGUUUCUAAGAUGUUGAAUAAAUUUACUAAAUCUGGCCUCAAAUCACAGUUUGCUUACUGCCUGUUGAUCCGAAUUGCCAGUCGCUUACUGAAAGAAAAUGAAGAGGGCCAUGAAAGUCCAGUCUUUGAUUUCAUUGAGAGCUGCUUGCGAAAUAAACAUGAAAUGGUUAUUUAUGAAGCUGCUUCAGCUAUCAUCCAUCUUCCUAAUUGUACUGCAAGGGAGUUGGCACCUGCUGUUUCAGUUCUUCAGCUUUUCUGUAGCUCUCCUAAGCCAGCUUUGAGAUAUGCAGCUGUGAGGACCUUGAACAAGGUGGCAAUGAAGCACCCCUCUGCUGUUACUGCCUGCAACCUAGACUUAGAAAACUUGAUCACAGACUCAAACAGAAGUAUUGCUACCCUGGCCAUUACUACACUCCUCAAAACAGGAAGUGAGAGCAGUGUGGAUAGGCUUAUGAAGCAGAUAUCAUCUUUUGUGUCUGAAAUCUCAGAUGAGUUCAAGGUGGUGGUUGUGCAGGCAAUUAGUGCUCUCUGUCAGAAAUACCCUCGAAAGCACAGCGUCAUGAUGACUUUCCUCUCCAACAUGCUCCGAGAUGAUGGAGGCUUUGAGUAUAAGCGGGCCAUUGUGGACUGCAUAAUCAGCAUCGUGGAAGAGAACCCUGAGAGUAAAGAAGCAGGUCUCGCCCACCUUUGUGAAUUCAUUGAGGACUGUGAACACACUGUUCUGGCUACUAAGAUUCUCCACUUGUUGGGCAAAGAGGGCCCCAGAACACCUGUCCCCUCCAAGUAUAUCCGCUUUAUUUUUAAUAGGGUCGUGCUGGAGAAUGAGGCCGUCAGAGCUGCUGCUGUGAGUGCUCUGGCUAAAUUUGGGGCUCAGAAUGAGAAUCUUCUCCCAAGUAUCCUUGUACUCUUACAAAGGUGUAUGAUGGAUACUGAUGAUGAGGUACGGGACAGAGCUACCUUCUAUCUGAAUGUGCUACAGCAGAGGCAGAUGGCACUGAAUGCUACUUAUAUCUUCAAUGGUCUAACAGUCUCUGUCCCAGGGAUGGAAAAAGCCUUACACCAGUAUACAUUGGAGCCUUCAGAGAAGCCCUUUGACAUGAAAUCUAUCCCCCUUGCUAUGGCUCCUGUCUUUGAACAAAAAGCAGAAAUCACACUGGUGGCUACUAAGCCAGAGAAGUUGGCUCCUUCCAGGCAAGACAUUUUCCAAGAACAACUGGCUGCCAUUCCUGAGUUUGUGAAUCUAGGACCCUUGUUCAAGUCGUCUGAGCCUGUCCAACUUACAGAAGCAGAGACAGAAUACUUUGUUCGUUGUAUCAAGCACGUGUUUACCAAGCACAUUGUGUUCCAGUUUGACUGUACCAAUACUCUCAAUGACCAGCUGCUGGAGAAAGUGACAGUGCAGGUGGAACCAUCAGAUUCCUAUGAAGUGCUGUGCUGUAUCCCAGCGCCCAGCCUAACUUAUAAUCAGCCGGGAAUAUGUUACACUCUUGUUCGUUUACCUGAUGACGACUCUACAGCAGUUGCAGGCACCUUUAGCUGCACCAUGAAGUUCACCGUCCGGGACUGCGACCCUGACACGGGGGUUCCAGUGGAGGAGGGGUAUGAUGAUGAGUACGUGCUAGAAGAUCUUGAAGUGACUGUGUCUGACCACAUUCAGAAGGUAAUGAAGCCUAACUUCGCUGCUGCCUGGGAAGAGAUAGGAGACACCUUUGAGAAAGAGGAGACCUUUGCCCUCAGUUCUACCAAAACUCUUGAAGAAGCUGUCAACAACAUCAUCACAUUUCUGGGCAUGCAGCCCUGUGAGAGGUCAGACAAAGUACCUGAGAAUAAAAAUUCCCAUUCCCUCUAUCUGGCAGGUAUAUACAGAGGUGGCUGUGACCUGUUGGUGAGGUCCAGGCUGGCCUUAGCAGAUGGAGUGACCAUGCAGGUGACUGUCAGAAGCAAAGAGGGAACACCUGUAGAUGUUAUCUUGGCUUCUGUUGGAUAAGUUUUUACUGGGCGAGAUGAAGCGGAUGUCAGUGGGCACUGUCAGUGGGCUUUCAGGCCAGUGGCAUGAAUUUCCCAGAAUCAUACUUCUAAAAAUUAAUGACUUUGGAGAAGCAAAUUAAAUGUUUGGCCCUGAGCCAGCAGAUCAAGGAAAUGUCUGUCCUUAUGCAUGUCUUUCUGUUGUUGUUCCUUUUCCUUUUUAUUACACUCAGUCAGCUUUGGUAUAAUAAUAACAGCUUUGGGUGAUCUUGAAAAUCAGAUACUAUCCUAUACCCCAGCUGCUUAACUUCAUUAUAUUCUUUAAUUUAAUGUGUAUCUGAAAGCUCCUGGCAAUGUUGGAAAGCUUUUAUCCCAGAGGGGUGGUAGGGGAGGGGGAGCCAGAGUCCACUUUUGUCAAAAUUCAUUUUUAUUAAUGGAAAAUAAACACUUAUUCCAGAUUCAGUUGUUAUACUUGAAGUUGUUAAUAAAAAAAAUUUUAAAUAA